AUGUCGUACGCAGACGCUGCUGCCAGUGGGCCGAAGCAGAGUCCAGAUGAGCCAGGCGUAAGUUCUAAACUCUCCUUAUCGCGCGAUGAACCUUUCCACUGUGCCUAUCGUGCCCCCGCCGUCCCUGAAGUCGCCAACACCGAAUCCAGCACUCAAUCCCUCAUCGACGUCGACAGCCCUCACAUCUCCUCCGUCCCCUCCGACUUCGAAUCCCAGUCCGUCAAGACCGACACCCAAGCCAAGCGCCUCGACCGCGAAGCUGAAGCAGACGAGCUACGCGCCGAGACCGCUGCCAAGCAGGCCAAAGAGAAGGCAAAUGCGAAGGCAAAGGCGGCGAAGAGCAAGGCCGGCGGCGCAAGCAAGUGCGUGAGGGAGAACGCGGGAAAUCCGGUCGUGCUUGGGAACUUCGUGGCGCUGGGCGCGUUGGGGACGUUGCUUGGCAUCGGCGGGUAUAGGAAAUACGUCUCGGGAGAACUUUCGUGGAAGGUUAUGGGGAUCAGUGCCGGGGCCGUGGGGCUUUUCGCUACUGGGGACUAUUUCUUGAGCAAAUAUCUUUUCAAGAAGUACCCGCCGAAGAAAUAA